UCAUGAAGCUGCUUCUUCUCCAAGCUUGAGCUACUUUGAUCAGACCGCCACAUGUCGCCGGACUGCCAUGUGUCACCGGAGCUACUCUCUCUAACCAUUAUUUCACCUUUGUUUUCAUGUGCUCAUCUUCUUCUCCUUCACAACUUUUUUCCCUUCUUUGGCUAAUGGGAUUUUUGUAAAAGGUGCCAUCUUUCGGACUAUUCAAAGCUUUAUCCAGCUGGUGGGUAAGGAAUAAAGAAAGGGAUUUCAUAUCAAUUGAAAAAGUAAGCUUGGAUUUUGGGGACAUUGGCUGCUGAUAUCAAGAGUGCUAUAAUAGAGAUGGAAAAAAAUUUAACUCCAUAUGUGGGCAUGGAGUUUGAAACAGAGGAAGCUGCAUACAUGUACUAUAACAUGUAUGCUGGUUAUAUUGGAUUUAGCAUUCGAAAAAGUUGGGCAAAUAAAAGUAAAGUUGAUGGCACAACACUUCUGUCUCGAAAGUUUUGUUGUUUCAAGGAAGGUUUUAAGAAACAAGUUGAAUGUGAAGGAAAAAAAAAAUUGAAAGGAUUUGAGAGUUGGUUGCAAUGCUCAAAUGAUUAUUGGACGUCAAGAAAAUGGAAAAUAUUAUGUCACAUUUUUUGAAGGACAACAUAAUCAUCAAGUUGUGACCCCUCGCAGUAGACACAAAUUACCAUCACAAAGGAAGAUAAGCAUUGCCCAUGCAGCUGAAGCAGAAAUUGCAAUGAAUUCCGGGAUUCGGCAAAAAUUGAUUUUUGAUUUUAUGAGUGAGCGAGUUGGAGGCAGGGAGAAUCUAGGUUUCACACUCAAGGAUAUUAGCAAUCAUUUGCAAUCAAAAAGAAUGAGAGAGAUGCGAGAAGGAGAAGCAUACACACUUAUUCAUUAUCUUGAGAAGAAAAAAUCAGACAAUUCAUCAUUUUUCUACUUAUUACAAUAUGAUGCUGAAGGCCAAAUUGCUAAUAUUUUUUGGGCUGAUCCAAAGAUGGUGAUAGACUAUGCAUUGUUUGGUGAUGUAGUUUGUUUUGACACCACUUAUAGAAUCAACAAUGUUAAUCGUCCUUGUGCUCCAAUAAUCGGGGUUAAUCAUCACAAGGAAACUGUUGUUUUUGGUGUGGCAUUGCUUUAUGAUGAAACAACAGCUUCUUUUGAAUGGUUAUUCACAACUUUUCUUGAGGUUAUGAAAGGAAAGAAACCAAUAACCAUAUUCACAGAUCAAGAUGCAGCCAUGGCUAAGGCAAUAGCGAAGGUAUUUCCUGAAACUUAUCAUCGAAUAUGUUCAUGGCAUUUAUUCCAAAAUGCUCUCAAACAUCUUGGGCAUACUUUUAAAGGGUCAAAUAAGUUUGGUGCUGAGUUCAAAAGUUGCAUGCAUGAUUUUGAAUACGAGGAAGAGUUUAUUCAUUCGUGGAACUCUUUAUUGGAAAAACACAAGCUCCAAGAUAACAAAUGGUGUUUGGAUACAUUUCAAGAAAGAAGGAAAUGGGCAAUGGUUUAUGGUAGGCACACUUUUUCAGCAGGUAUUAGAAGCACUCAGUUAUGUGAAAGUUUCAACAGUCGUAUGAAAUGUUAUGUGAAGCCUAGAUUCAAUGUGUUGGAAUUCUUUACAAGGUUUGAAAAAUUAUUAGAUGAUGUGAGAUACCAAGAAUUGGAAUCUAAUUAUGAGAUGAGUCAACUUAAACCCGCAUUGAAGAUGAAUGUUCCUAUUUUUGAGAAAUGCUAG